AUGGCAGGUACAGCAAGGCCUUCUCCCUCGGGAGCUCCCUUGACUGUCGGAGAAAUCGUCCAGCAAGCCAACACCUUCGAAUACAACAGUCAAAUCCCUCUCCGGUACUGGUUGCGGAGCGCCGACACGAUCCAGAAGGAGUCGCGAAUCUAUGAACGAGAAGGAAAUGACCAGCAAACAUACCUCCUCCUCUUCCGCCAUGCAAUCCUCGUCCUCGAGAAGCUCUCGCAGCAUCCGGAAGCCAAGCAGCCUCAGAAUAAAGCCGCCCUCGCCGCCGCGAACAAAGUCGUCAGGUCCGAUCUGGCAGCGAUGGAAGUGCUCAAACCGCGCAUAGAAAGCCGAUACGCUGCAUACCAAGAGCAUCUAGCAACACGGAAGACCCAGGAUGCUGCGCUACGGAAGCUGGAAGGCGGACAAGAGAUGGGUGGGCUUGUCGAUGGCAUGGGACGGGCGUCCCUAAACUCAGCUCGAAGUUCUACACGGGUUUCUUUUGAUCAUAAGACAAGUCUUGAUGCUGGAGAUAGCCAGAAAAUAGCGGCUCUAAUUGCUCAGAGCGAGAUUCGGCGUAGGGAUACUGCGAGAAGGGCAGUCCGCCAGGCAGGUGUCUCGGAAGAGGAGGAGCAAGAACGGCGAACGGGAGGGGUAUGGGAUGGUUGGGAAAGUGGUUUGGGGCGUCCCCAAUCGUACAAGGAGGAGAUGGAUCUCUCGAAGGAUAUAAUAGAGGCUGGGAGACGGAGGGAAAGCGUACAAAAUGGCCACUGUCAACGUCCAUCCUCAGUACUACGACCGUCUUCCUACCACUAUCCAACGAUUCCGAAUAAGAGCUCUCAGUCCUGGCGGUCUGAUGAGCCUCAGCCUCAGCCAGGGGCACCUCCAAGACCCCCGCCCAAAAUACCUCCAAUCCAACCAGCCGCAUUUAUGCAACCGCUACCUCCGAGUCUGCCACCUAAACCUCCUAGGGAUCCUUAUGCCUACCAAAGUGCACCGCCUCCGUACGAAUCUACUCUACCACCGCCCAUACCAGGAAAAUACUCCGAGGCACCAGAUACCAGCUUCCGAGCUCAAUCACCAGCACUAUCUGAGGGCCCCAACGCUCUUGAAUAUACUUUCAAGCCCUCUGCAUAUCUUGAAAACGGCACACCUCUCCGCACUGUUUUUGUUCCUUCGACUCUACGCUCGGAAUUCCUCCGCGUUGCUGCCGUAAACACGCGUAAUAACAUUGAAACAUGUGGUAUUCUCUGCGGUACCUUAAUAUCGAACGCGCUCUUUGUCUCGAAACUGGUAAUACCGGAACAGAAAGGCACAUCCGAUACGUGCGAGACGCUGAACGAGAGCGACUUGUUCGACUUUUGCGACAAGGAGGAUCUGAUGGUGCUAGGAUGGAUUCACACACAUCCCAGCCAAACGUGCUUCAUGAGUAGUCGAGACUGCCAUACGCACUGUGGAUAUCAGGUCAUGAUGCCGGAGAGUAUCGCGAUCGUCUGUGCGCCUAGUAAAGACCCUUCAUGGGGCAUCUUCCGCAUCACGGACCCUCCAGGCAUGAAGACUCUCCUCAACUGCGGCCAAUCCGGUCUCUUCCACCCACACAACGUAGAUAACAUCUACACCGAUGCAUCGAAACCCGGUCACGUACACGAACUAUCUGGUCUAGACUUCCAGAUAGUGGAUCAGCGGCCCUGA